GUUGACGCACCCUGAGAGCCCGCUGUUACAGGGACCAUGUCGGCAGCAGCGGUGGACUUCCACUCUCAAAUCGCCUCCAUCAUGGAGGUGCUGGCCAACGCAGCUGUGGCUGAAAUAUGCAAAGUGGUCGACGACGGCUACACGGUGGUACAGUUGGAAGUGUCCCGGAGUCAGAAGGAGAACGAGAUUCUGCGUAAAAAGAUCAAAUUGCUAGAGCUGCAAGUCUCCCGUUACAGAGCAGAGAGGCUGAAGGGAGCGGACGGCUCUGCUGGAAACGGCCGCUUCCCCGGGGUUCGCCUCAACCGCCGGUACAGGGGGUCGUCAGGCCCCUCUGUGCAAGUCAGGACCAGGUUUCUGAAUCAGUCCAUCAUCAUGGACCAAGAUCCCGAUCAGGAGGUUGUUACCGCCACAAAAUCUGAGCCAGUAGAGCUGCUGGUUGACAAGGUGGAGGGGGCAACGGAGGCCGAAGUCCCCAAGAGUGAGGUGCCACCAGUAGCGAUCAUCAGUCCAGAAGGACAAGGAAGCACCAACACCUCUGCUUUCACCACUUCACUUUCAGCUGCUUCUAAGGACAACAGUGCAGAAAGGACACUCUCUUUUAGUACAGUUUCUGCUAAAUCUGACUCUCACAAUAGUGAUAUAUCAAACAUUUUAGGCGUUAGUUCCACCUCCAGGACUAUGAGCUCUACCAUAGCUUCACAGCCUUCAUCAUCAUCAGUGUUAUCUGGCAUUGAGGCAACCGUAGCAGCCCAGCAGCGAGCACAUUUCCGAGUUCAAAAAAGUCAGGAAGCCAGCAUAAUGCACAGCGAGGGUCGGAGAAGGAGCUUCAUUUGCCGAAUAUGUGGCAAAGCCUUCACUGGUCAGUCUAACCUAGAGGCCCAUGAAAGGGUCCACACGGGGGAGAAGCCUUAUCGCUGUGACACUUGUGGCAAACACUUUUCUGAGGCUGGGAAUCUAAAGAAGCACCAGAGGAUCCACAGGGGAGAGAAGCCUUUCCGCUGCUCCACAUGUGGGAAGAUGUUUUCAGAGGCCGGGAAUCUGAAGAAGCACCACCAUGUUCACACCGGGGAGCAACCGUACAGUUGUGGGUUGUGUUAUAAAAGAUUCACCUGGAUAAGAAACCUCAAAACACAUCAGCAAAAGAAUCAUCCUGAGUUUCAGGGCAUAGACGUCACAGAGGAACUGAAACAAACUGUCAAUUUUUAUGACUGGACCAUGUCGGCAGCAGCGGCGGACUUCCACUCUCAAAUCGCCUCCAUCAUGGAGGUGCUGGCCAACGCAGCUGUGGCUGAAAUAUGCAAAGUGGUCGACGACGGCUACACGGUGGUACAGUUGGAAGUGUCCCGGAGUCAGAAGGAGAACGAGAACAGAAUCAAAUUGCUAGAACUGCACGUCUCCCGUUACAGAGCAGAGAGGCUGAAGGGAGCGGACGGCUCUGCUGGAUACGGCCGCUUCCCCGCGAUUCGCCUCAACCGCCAGAACAGGGAGUCGUCGGGCGCCUCUGUGCAAGUCAGGACCAGGUUUCUGAAUCGAGCACCAACUACUCAGAUAUCUGUGCAGAAGAAUCAGUCCAUCAUUGUGGAUCAAGAUCCGGAUCAGGAGGUUGUUACCACCACGAAAUCUGAGCCAGCAGAGGCAGAGGCGGAGCUGCUAAUUGUCAAGGUGGAGGGGGCAACGGAGGUUGAAGUCCCCGUGAGUGAGGUGCCACCAGUCGCGAUCACCAGUCCAGAAGGACAAGGACGCACCAACACCUCUGCUGUCACCACUUCACCUUCGGCUGCUUCUAAGGACAACAGUGGCGACCAGCCGGCACUCAGCAACGUAAUGGAGGUCAGUGGAUCUGACGCCAUCACCUUUGUUGUGGGCAAAACAGCUGAAAGUGAGAGCAGCCAUCAGCUGAUGGGAAUUGAUGUCAGAGCAGGGGACAGUGAUGGGACAGUACACAGUGACACAUCAGCUUCUGGCGAUUACACAGCAGGUAGCAGGAACGCUAAAGUCGCCACAUUAGACACCUCCAAGCCUGUCAAGUCAGAGGUGAUAGUAAUCGAUGGGGAUGGGGCAUCGGAGGAAAAGGAAUGCGAGUGGUCACAUGCAGAGCAGUUAAGCAGAGAAGCAGGCAGAGGUAGCAACGACAGCGCAAGGCAGAAAACGGGAAGACGAAGAGCAGCGCUUCUUUCUGGUGACUCGUUAGGAACCUCUAUUGGUGGAGCUUCUUUCAGCAUCAACUCUGCCAGUGACACUCAUGGCUGCCCCAGGAGUUUGUCCAACAACGACCACCAGAACUCAUUCAAUAGUAGCAGCAUCUUCGCUCAGCCUUAUCCCUACCACUCUGCCACCACAGACCGCCCACACGGCUGCACCCUUUGUAGGAAACAGUUCUCAUCAGAGUUGGACCUCCGAAAGCACCUGGCCAGGCACAGCAGAAUAAGGCCGUACACCUGCAACCUGUGUGGCAAGAGCUUUGUGUGCCAGAGUCAGCUGGAAAUCCAUGGAAACGUUCACACCGGAGAGAGACCCUUCAUCUGCUCCUUCUGCAACCGACACUUCUCCCACCCCAGCAACCUCAGGAGACACGAGAAAAUCAAGCACGGAGUGCCAAGAAUUUUUGGUGCUGAGUUGGCAAUACGUUUCAUUGGACUGAAAAACAGAGGCAGUCCUGAGGACUCCAAGGAAAAGAUUCUUAAAAUGCAAGACUCACUAAGUGCCGUCUCUGAAAAAAACAAGCCUCCCUCUGUCGUGAUGGAGAGCAAUCCUGCUGAUGAUGUGAAGCCAUCUUGUUUUAUGUAUGCAGUAGAGAGCGGAGAAGGAAGUUUCUUGCCCUGUCAUCCAACGUUGACAACUGCCUCCUCUGGCUUCCCUGCUGUUCCGAAUAUCCUCCAGGACGACAUCAGUCGGUCAAGGCAGAGGUUCGAAAGAGACAUUGCCUUGGUCUCCUCAGGGACACUUGGGCUGGCAGAUGAAUCCAGAGGGUUGUUGUCAAAUGGAAAGGACCAAAGUGUUGGCGUAGACGAAGUGAUGCCUCCAAGCAGUGUGACGUCCCAGUAUCAGCCCUUGAUGUUUGUUCAGAACAAAGCUACUCCUAGUGAAGCCUACGAUGGUAGAAAUCAGACACUGACAUUUAAUGAACCACCUGCUCCUCUGGCCAAAGUAAAUUCCCAGCAGGUGCACAACUCAUGGUCUGAAAUGGGACAAACUGAUGGUGCCCACUUCUCUGGUAAAAGUCAAUAUCUAGACUCUGGUCUGACAGACACACUACGAAGCCAUCAGCAGCAGCAGCCGCAGCUGCAGCUGCAGCAGUCACAACAUUCUUUACCCUUUGUCUGCACCUUCUGCCUGCGUCGCUUCGCCCACCAAUGCCAACUUCGCAUCCACAAGCGAAUCCACACCGGAGAGAAGCCCCAUCAGUGUGGCCAGUGCGGCAAGAGCUUUGGCCAGUUUUCCAGCCUGAAACGCCACCAGAUGGUCCAUACUGGGGAAAGGCCGUUUCCCUGUCCCCACUGUAGCAAGCAGUUCUCUACCUCUGCCAACCUGAAGGUCCACCAGAGUGUCCACACCGGGGAGAGAAGGUUCAAGUGCUCCAAGUGCAGCAAAACCUUCUCCUUCCUUAGCAACCUGAUCAGGCAUCAGGCGAUCCACACACAGAAAGACAACGUUGUUGAUCUGCAGCAGCACAGACACAUAGACCGACACCCGAGCAUUGUCGCGGGAAUCGGUCCGUGUAUACACACACUGUCCGGGCUGGGGAUGAUGGCGGACUGCGUCGGCUUCCAGGCGCAGAUCGCCUCCAUCAUAGAGAUCCUGGCCAACUCUGCCGUGGCAGAGAUCUGUAAGCUGGUGGAGGAUGGAUACGCGGCGAUACGGGCGCAGAUGGAACAGGAGCGAGACAACAGCGAGAAGGAGAAGGAGGUGCUGCGGCAGAAGUUACGGGAGGUGGAGCUGAGGAUGAGGAGCUGUGAGAGGAAGAUGAAGAGGCGCAUGCACCGGGAUGAGAUGAGCGGAGGGACGUUAAGACAGUGUCCAGGUAAAACACCUGUUGACCAUCAGUCUGUGGUGUCGUCUCCUCGUGCCGCCACCAAAGAUAAACUGUUGGAACAUCACAUCUCACGGGAGGAAACACAGAUUCUGCCUCUGGUGAAGCAGGAGAACAUUGAGAAUGACAACUGCAACCUGGACCUCAAGUUGGAGGUGAACAUUCGGGCAGAGUGUGGCUUUACCUCUGCAAUGGAACAUAAUCGAGACUCGGCUCCUCUCAGUGAAGGGGGUGACACCAGUGUUUCACACGUCUCCACAGCACCCACCCCUUCUUCUGCCAACGACAGCACAAUGGACCUAACAUGCCGUCCUCGAGCAAAACGUAAACCCACAAAGCCCUUAGGCAACAGCGUGGUGGGCGCCGUCUGUGAGACCACUCAUAGGGAACUCGGGGGGAGUCUAAAUAAUGGAGGCCCUAACUCAGAAAAUGAGACCGAGAAUGUUGCAGAAGAAGAACUCCAUCCCUCACAGUUUUCAGCAACUGUAGCAUCAGACGAGCCAAGCCCUGAACAUCUCAACAGUCUGGGCCUGGACCUGGCCUGGAUGCAGGAGAGGGUCAGCCAUCUUGGUGCAGCGUAUGCAGUAGCGCAGUUGGGUUUGGGAAGCACUGAACCUGGACACUCCUCCACUUCUUUUCCCUCAGAGGCCGGCGGAGACAGCUUAGAUAGUCCCUCGACGAUGCUUUUCACAAGUGCCAACGAAAUGGCAGCCUUUGCCGCCUCCUUUGAUAUGGCCGCCGCCACUGCCAUCAUAACUGCGCCGCCUCCCCCUACUGCUGCCUCUGCCAACACAACCGCCCAGAGGCGGCCCUACAGGAGCAGAGCCACUGCUGCCGCUGUAAAAGAGCCCGCAGUUUGCCCCGUGUGCGGUCGUCUCUUCCCGACAGCAGCUGCUCUGGAGCUACAUCAUCGGCUGCACACAGAGGACAGACCCUACACCUGUCCCCACUGCGGGAAAGGCUUUGCCCAGCCCAACAACCUGCGGGUCCACCUUCUCAUCCACACCGGAGAGAGGCGUUACAGAUGCACCCUGUGCGGGAAGAGCUUCAUCUCGUCCAGCCAUCUCAAGAGGCACCGCACUGUCCACACCCAGGAAAAACCCUACAGCUGUUCACGCUGCGGACAGGCCUUCAGUCAGAUGUGUAGCGUUCGCAGACACCGCCAGCAGUCUCAGUGUGGAGUAUAGACUGACCGUAGGGGGACGUUUGUGUAAUCAAAUUUUGAAUCUGAUUAGGGUAAACCAUUGGAAGGAAUCGUCUGGAUUAAACUCUCAACGUGCACCCGGGUGCGCUCAGAUUUUUGCGCGUGCAAGGGUCCAUAUCGACCUUAUACGACUGCCCAGCGUCUGUGACAACUCGUACUAUUAGUGCCAACCAUUAUUGCUCUAUGUAGCACAACACGUUCCAGUCAGACCUUUAUUAUGGCGAUAAAGGACAUCCGCUGAAAGAGAUCAAGCAGUAGCAACAUCCGUACAACUUUAAACAUCCUAUACUGUAAGUGGUGGUAGGGCAAUGCAAGGUAUCAU